CAGAAAGCAUCGCAAGCAAGAGGAUAAAACGAGGAGAGCGCGGUAGAAGGAUCUCCUCGAAGGAGAAAAUCGAGUGAGAAGCAGAAGUGGAGCGAAGAAGCGCGAAAAGUAGGAAAAAGGCAACGAUAUCAGCGGCCCGGAUGUGCCGGAUGAAGGAUGGAGGGGGAUCGAGCAUCGUGUUCGACGUCGAGCAGAAACUGGCAGCGUGGAAGUUAUCGGGCACGCGACGGAAGGCGAAGAAAACGAAGGCGGAAGCCGUGGGGCGAGAGGCUCGCGGACUGGACCAGGGCUCUGAUAGCUUUCCUCUUCAGCAACGUUGGCAUAGUCUGCCUGGUGGUCGGAUAUACCAUAGCUGGGGCCUUCCUCUUCACUCACAUCGAGGGUAGAAACAACCUGGACAUUGUCGGGGACGUGAUCAGGCUGAGAAACGUGACAGCUGCCACCCUCUGGGAGCUUACCUUCAAGGAGAACGUGUUCUCCGAGAGGAUCUGGAAAGCGAAAGUAAAAACGGUCCUCGAGAACUAUCAGAAGAAAAUGGUAAUGGCCAUAAAGAACGGCUACGACGGAGCGGAGGAAAGCAAGAGAUGGAGCUUCGCUGGAGCGUUCCUUUAUUCUCUCACAGUGAUCACCACUAUCGGGGAACAAUUCGAGAAUGAGUUAUUGACAGUAAAUUUUUUGCCUAAAAUUUCAGCUUGA